CCUCUGUAAUCGCUGCUUUUCGUUUUUGAAGGAAUCAAAUAUUGCACACUCUGUUCAGGAAACAUUUAUCGGUAAGUUUUUGUUCUGCAAAUCGCCAAAUUAAUUUCCACUUUGUGGGUAAAAUUAUUUGAAUUUUGAAGAGUACAAAAUGUCGGGUGUAUCGCUCGCGGUGUCUCCCAGAACAGAGUCUGUCCACACCGGUGCCGGGCCGGGAAUGAAACCUGGCCAGCAGCAGCAACAGCCGGUGGUGGGAGGGGUGAUGGGUUCGUUGCGGGUUAUAGAGCUACAGCUUGUAGCCUUCAUUAUGGUUUUCUCCGCAAGCGGCCUCGUUCCCAUCCUCGAUUUAGUCUUCCCGGUUUUCAGUUCCGUGUACCUCCUUGCUCUCUCCCGCUGCGCCUUCCCUGCGCGCGGCAACUCCUCCUCUGCCUCACCGGAGAUAUUCCAAGGCGGUAAAUUGUUCAGGAUCUAUGUCAUCCUGGGAACCACAAUUGGGCUUUUCCUGCCCCUGGCUUAUGUCCUCGGUGGGUUCGCAAGAGGGGAUGACCACGCCGUCCGGUCAGCCACACCCCACCUCUUCUUGCUGUCAUUUCAGAUACUAACAGAGAAUAUAAUAAGUGGGUUGUCGCUGUUUUCGCCGCCGGUGAGAGCAAUGGUUCCAUUGCUUUACACAGUGAGAAGAAUCUUUAUCAUCAUUGAUUGGAUCCAUGACGUUUGGCUCAACAAAACUCUUCCUGCAGCAGCCCAAACCAAGGAUGUUGCUUGGUUCUGGUUUGGGAAAAUCCUCGCAGUUGCAAACCUGCUCUACUUCUCCAUCAAUCUCUACUGCUUUUUACUUCCCUGUUUCCUACCUCGAGCAUUUGAGAGGUAUUUCAAGGAGAGGGAUGAGGUUCAUGCUAAGAUGGCAGAGGAUAAGCAAUCUCAAGCUGCAAACAAGAUCCAACCAAGUGAUAAGAAAGCUGACUGAAUCUGUUCACCUUGUUUUUUUAGAAUAUCACUCACUACAUUUGAAGUAGUUGCUUUUCUCAAUGGUCAUUAUAGUUUGUGUUUGUAAGGGAAUGUUUUUUGUUCUACUUAUAGCUUUUUCACUACCAUAACAAUAUCACAUGAAUUUUGCUGUACAUUUGGCAAUCUAUGUCGAUAGCACAGGGUUCUCUUUUGCUUGGAUUAUUCCUUUGAGUAUAUGACA